ACGUUCGUUUCGACGUGUCCUCGCAGUGAGUCUCUGAGACAUCCCAGGAACGCGCUGCCAAUAGAGGGCGCCGCGGCGCGAAGUCGGGACUCGCGAGCGGGACCUGCUCCUCUGCAGCUAUCCGCGCGGGGCGAGGGCAAAUGAAAACCAGACCUGGAGAAGUCCUUAUUGAUUGUUUAGAUUCAAUUGAAGAUACCAAGGGAAAUAAUGGAGAUAGAGGUAGACUCUUAGUAACAAAUUUAAGAAUUAUCUGGCACUCUUUGGCACUUCCCAGAGUCAAUCUUUCUAUCGGUUACAACUGCAUAUUGAAUAUUACAACAAGGACUGCUAACUCUAAAUUACGAGGUCAAACUGAAGCUCUUUUUAUACUAACAAAAUGUAACAGCACUCGCUUUGAAUUUAUAUUUACAAAUUUGGUUCCUGGAAGUCCUAGACUUUUUACUUCUGUGAUUGCAGUACACAGAGCAUAUGAAACUUCUAAAAUGUAUCGUGAUUUUAAAUUGAGAAGUGCACUGAUUCAAAACAAACAACUAAGAUUAUUACCACAAGAACAUGUAUAUGACAAAAUCAAUGGAGUAUGGAACUUAUCCAGUGAUCAGGGAAAUUUAGGAACCUUUUUUAUUACCAAUGUGAGAAUCGUGUGGCAUGCAAAUAUGAAUGAUAGUUUUAAUGUCAGUAUACCAUAUCUGCAAAUUCGUUCCAUAAAGAUUAGAGAUUCAAAAUUUGGUUUAGCUCUUGUCAUAGAAAGCUCCCAACAGAGUGGAGGUUAUGUUCUUGGCUUUAAAAUAGAUCCUGUGGAAAAACUACAGGAAUCAGUUAAGGAAAUCAAUUCACUUCACAAAGUCUAUUCUGCCAGUCCUAUAUUUGGAGUGGAUUAUGAAAUGGAAGAAAAGCCACAGCCCCUUGAAGCUCUGACAGUUGAACAGAUUCAAGAUGAUGUAGAAAUAGAUGCUGAUGAUCACACGGAUGCUUUUGUGGCUUAUUUUGCUGAUGGCAAUAAGCAACAGGAUCGUGAACCUGUAUUUUCAGAAGAACUGGGGCUUGCAAUAGAGAAAUUGAAGGAUGGAUUCACACUACAGGGACUUUGGGAAGUAAUGAGUUGAUCUUGAGUUGAGCUGGAUUUCUAUUUAAAGAUAUCUCAAGAUUAAAGACACUAGUCGCCUACUAUAAGGCAUGAAUAGUUUUUAUUUUUACAGCUUUUAUAUUUAAAGCUUUUAAGAGAGAAUUUUUAAUGAUUAAGGGAAAAUAUUUUUAGAAAACUGCCAGUUUUCUAAAAAUUAUAUCUAAAAUUGUAAUUGAAAUGUAUCUGGUUUGUAAAAUGUUUAUUUUGUACCCAAUACUUGUAUAAGUUUUCAGAUAUUGAAUGACUGUAUCAUGUUGGGCUUAAUAAAGAAUUUAUGCAGCACCA